GGUGAAUAUUCGUCUGGUGAUUGCUGACCUAGCGAUCCUGUUUCCCUAUGUUCCCAAUUCCUUAUAUGUUGCCAACAUCACCUGAGGUCGGGAUAUGGCUGCAGUCAGCACUGACAUUCAGAGUCCACCAAAGUCGCCGAACAUCACCACCGAACCGCGCCGACUUGAGCGUACGGUUUUGUGUCCGAUACGGGCCGUUUACUCUCUAGAUUAUCUGUUCGUUGUCGCCCAUCCCAACUACACCCUCGAGCAUACAUGUAACAUCCACAACACGGUGCACUGUCUUCGCAGUGUUUUGUCACCCUCCCAAAUCUUCUCCUCAUGGCUUGUCCACAUGAGCCUACCAAAGCUAAUGUCGACUUCAACGUCGACGAUUCUGUUGAAGAGCCAAUCGAUCACUCAAAGCUUGUGGAGAUACCUUCUCCACGACACCAGGCCUACUUCGGUCUGCUGGGCCAUGCUCCCGAUCUCGACCCUACCCUACCCGUCCGUACCUACUGGCAGUUGAUGGACGAAUAUGAUCCCAUCUACAAGCUCGAUCUGGGCAUGACCCACCCUCGGGUCUUUGUCGGUACGCGUGAGCUUGUCGACGAGAUGGCCGACGACAGCCGUUUCACCAAGUUCACCCACCGCCUUCACAAGGAGAUGAGUUCCGUCGUUGGUGACGGCUUGUUCUCCGCAGAGUCGACAAGUAAGAAUUGGUGGAAGGCUCACAGGCUUCUUGUCCCAGCUUUUGGUCCAAUUGGCUUGAGAAAGAUGUUUGACGAUAUGCAAGAUCUCAGCGCCCAAAUGGUGCUGAAGUGGGAUCGCUUUGGUCCUGAGCAUGUUAUUGAAGCGAUAGAGGACACAUCCCGUCUUGCCUUCGACACAGUUGGGCUGUGUGUGUUCGGCUACCGCUUCAACGAAUUCUACUCCGAGGCACCUCAUCCCUUCCAGGUCCAGCUCAAGGAGGCAGCUAUCGAAUCAGGAAGAAGGGCAAACCGUCCAGAGAUGUUAAAUCACUUCUACUACCGCGAAGAACAACAGCGUCAGGAGAACAUUCGCAAGAUGAAGGAGCUGUGCAAGAAGAUCAUUAGAGACCGGCUUGAAAACCCGAAACCAGACGCUAACGAUCUGCUCAACAUUCUGCUCCAUGGCGUUGAUCGCGAGACAGGCGAAAAGCUGAGCAUUGAGAACGUCGAGUAUCAAAUUCCCACCUUCUUCGGGGCCGGAUACGAGACUACCAGCGCCACUCUUGCAUUCGUAUACUAUUUCCUGUGCAACAACCCCAAGGUGCUCCGGAAGGCGCAGGAAGAGGUCGACCAAGUCGUCGGCGACAAGGUCGUAACAUAUGAGAUGCUCCCCAAGCUAGCUUACCUGGAUGCCUGCAUCAAGGAAACCCUUCGCCUCCAGCAUCCAAGCAGCCUCCUGACCAGGUUCGCGAUCAAGGACACAGUGAUCGGCGGAAAAUACUUUAUCCACAAGGGACAGAUGGUAUCGGGCGUUUGGCGCCAUUUCCACCGUGAUCGCGAAGUCUGGGGUGAGGAUGCUGAUGAGUUCCGGCCGGAGCGCAUGUUGCAGGUCAACUUCGAGAAGUUGCCUCCCAAUGCUUGGAAACCGUACGGAGAUGGGCUGCGAGCAUGCAUCGGUCGCGGCUUUGCAGAACAAGAGAUGCUUAUCAACCUGGCCAUGAUUUUGCAGAAAUUCGAUAUGGAGAAGGUUGACCCCGAUUAUGAAUUGCAGCUGAGGGGCCAGAUGGCUCUCAAGCCAAUUGAUUUCAAGAUCCGUGUUCGCCGUCGUCCUGGCAGAAGCUUGAUUCUUGGCAUCCCUGGAGGCGGGACCAUUGCCAAAAUGCAGAAGGCCCAGAAACAGCAGGCGAACGGAAAAGGGGGAUCACCGACCAAGAAGCCCAUCACCGUCCUUUACGGCGGAAACAUGGGAACGUCUGAAAGUCUGGCUCACGAAUUGGUUAAGAUUGCGCCGGAAUACGGUCUGGAUGUCGUGGACCUUCGCACCCUCGAUGCCGCAACUGAAAAUCUGCCGGUUGACAAACCCAUCAUUAUCAUUACCCCCUCGUACGAUGGAAGACCGCCUGAUAACGGCAAGAGAUUCUUCUCGUGGAUUGAACAACGCGUGUCCAAAGGGCAGACAUUCCCGCCAAAGACGGAAUACGCGGUGUUCGGCCUGGGAAAUAGCGACUGGGGGACCACUUUCCAUCGUAUUCCUAAGAGAAUCGAUGAGGCGUUUGCUCUGCUCGGCGCGGAUCGCAUCAUCAGCCCUGGCUUUGCGAACGUGAAGCAAGAUAUGGUCGGACCAUGGGAGACGUGGAGUGAGCAGCUGUGCAUGGCUCUUUCUGGCAUCUCCCCCCACGACCAUGCUACGGACAGAGUUGGUGUUGAAGUACAGAUUGUGCGGAACAGCUUGAGCACCCUGCCUCAAGCAACUGGAGGUGAGCAACUGGCAAUUGGCGUUGUCGUUGCCAAUCGCGAGCUGGCCGACGCUUCGGUCGGUUCUGCAAAACGCCACAUUGACAUCCGCCUUCCCCCUGGGUGCGAAUAUCGCUCCGGAGAUCACUUGGCCGUGCUUGGUCGCAAUCCCGAGGAGGUUGUCUCGAGAGUGAUGAAGAGAUUCUCGCUUGGGGCCCAAGAUGUUAUGAGCAUUCAGACAACCAAGAAGGAUUUCCUUCCAGCAGUACCCAUGGCGGUCGAACACUUCCUACUCAACUGUGUCGAGCUUUCUGCGCCCAUCACUCAGCGACAGCUUGGAACCUUGUCAUCGAUGGCGGACAAGGGCAGCAAGGAACAAUCAAUACUGGAUCGCCUGCGACAAAACACUUCAUACCAGACUCUACUCGACAAGCGAUUCUCCAUCAUUGAUGUUCUAGACGAAGUCCCAGGAUUGGAUCUGCCAUUCGGUGUCUACGUCGAUAUGCUGCUUCCCAUGACCCCGCGUCUGUACUCUCUUGCCUCGUCGCCAUUGGAUCCCGCAAGCCGUACCAAGGCCGGCUUGAGUGCGAGUAUCACGUUUGAUGUUCUUGAAGGCCCCUCUAUGAGCGGGCACGGCACGUUCCAUGGAGUGGCCUCGACAUAUCUCGCAAGCCGCAAGCCUGGAGACCAAGUUACCUGCCUCACCCGUCCGACUUUGGCCACGUUCAAGCUUCCAGCCACCACCGAGACGCCCAUUGUCAUGUUUGCUGCUGGAUCGGGAAUAGCACCCAUGCGCGCCUUCAUUCAGGAGCGGGCUGCACUCAAACGGGCGAACGCCAGCAAGCUCGGCCCUGCCUUACUGUUCUAUGGCUGCCGACAUCCAGAGAAAGACUACCUGUACCGGUCCGAAUUGACGGCCUGGGAAAAGGAAGGGCUGGUAACCAUCAUUCUAUGCUUUUCGCGUCCGGGUGAGGGGCUGAAGGGACGCUACGUCAGUGAUGCGAUUUGGGAGCAUCGCGACCGAGUCUGGGAGUUGUUCGACAGCGGAGCGAAGAUCUUCGUUUGCGGAAGCGCAGCUAGGCUUGGACGGAGCUGUGCUGAUACUUGGAGGCGCGUGUACAUGGAGAAGACGGGUAGUGGGGAGGCGGAGUCUCAUGAGUGGUUUGAUCAGAUCAAGAACACGCGCUAUGUUAGCGAUACGUACUAGGGAAUAGGUAGCUUAUUGGAUUUCAUUAGUUCUGAACUCUAUUGAUGGCGCCAAUUUGUUCAUGUUGUAGCUGUUGUUGUCAAGACUUUUCUUGUCUACUAUGAGUCUAUGAUUCCAAACAAGGAGAUGAUUUUAAGGGUUUUAGUGCAAUGGUUUACUUGUUCUUCUUG